AUGCGCGCCGCAAGCCUGAGGCCGUCCCUCCUGCUCUUUCUAUUCUCUUCUCUGCUCGCCGCUUCCACUCUGUGCCCAUUAGUUCCUCCUCUCUCGUUUCUUUCCCCUUCAAUCUGCGCGUACGCAUUGCAGGUAGACUGCAGCAGCCGUGGAGGGGGCGGAUCUCAGCGACACUCACUCGCGCCUUCUUUUCCCUCCUCUUCUGCUCCUGCGUUCCCCGCUGCAGCCUCGGCGUCGCGCCUCCUGGCUGCCGCCCCCCCCUGUGGCUCGCCUGCUUCUGCAUCGUUUGCACGUCCUCCCGCUGGACAGCGGGCAGCUUUCCUCUCCGCUCGUCCUCUCCCUUCCGCUCACUUCUUUGCGCCUUUCCGCGCACGCCACGCUAAACCUGCUGCCUCGCAGCGGCUCGGCGGGUCUGCUAUUGCCUUUUCGUGCGCGGCUCAUGCGUCUCUGCUGUCUGUCUCCGCGGCUCCUGUUUCGCCGCGUCCUUCCGCCGUCGCGGCCUCUGCAGCGUCUGCCUCCGCACGCCAGAUUGAAGAGGCCGCGAACGCUGCGCAAAGUCGCGAGGCGGGAACGAGCUCCGCGCCUGCUUUCCGCGUUGGACAUGGCUGGGACCUCCACAGAGUCAGCACCGAUCCGCGCCGAGUCACAGGGCCGCUGAUUGUCGGCGGCGUGUGCGUCUCGACCCCUCCCGCGAAGCGGAGCCUACUCACGCGCGCGCUGUCGCUGCUGCCGGCGAAGCUCCGCGCCCUCGGCAGCCACCUGGGCCUUCUGCGCGAGCGCGUCUCUUGCCGCGCCGCGGGGACCGAGGGGAGGCUGGGGGGGACACUCGCGUCUGAGGCGCCGCCUCCGGUGGAGAACGCGUUUGGCGUUGUCGCGCACUCUGACGGCGACGUGUUGCUCCACGCGGUCUGCGACGCGCUGUUUGGCGCCCUCUCUCUGGGUGACAUCGGCGAGCACUUCCCAGACACCGACCCGCGCUACCGCGGCGUCUCCUCCUCCGGACUCGUGAAAGAGGCCCUCGCGAAAGUCCGCGCAGCUGGCGGAGGCGGCGGGGGAGCCUGGGAGGUCGGCAGCGCCGACGCGACGCUGGUCUUUGAGGGCUUCAAGCUGGGCCCGGCACGGAAGCGCGCCAUGCAGGCGAACCUCGCGGCGCUUCUCGAGGUUCCGCCGACGGCAGUGAGCCUCAAAGCGAAGACCAGCGAGGGUGUCGGGCCCGUGGGGCGGCAGGAGGCGAUCGCGUGCCACGUCGUGCUCACGCUCGUUCGGCAGGCGAGCGGAGGCGCAGGCGGGAGCAGAGAAGAGCAAAAUUCGAAAAAACAGGAGGCAGGGGACGCUGCGGAUGGGCGCGCCGCCGCGCGAGAGCUGUAG